UAUGAUUAUGUCACUUCCGGGUGGGUCGGUCUAGAGGGCAACGCCGCAACGAGCCUCGUUCCAGGCGGCCCAGGCUUACUUAUAGUCAUUCAUCAUGGCAACGGCUAGAAUGUCGACCAGGGGUAAAUGACGCAGCUGCCCCCCAUUGUCAAAAGCAUGUCUAUCACGCGAUCAUCUGGUAUUUAAUGCAGGGCCUCCUGUGUCGAGUUUGCCAAUUCGAUGGCUACGUCAACUAUCACUUUCGAGCUCGCACCUGAAGUAGUCGCACGGCGCAUGGAUGCGCGCCAGCUGCAUGGCGUUGACUCCCUUGAUACGCUCCCUGCCGAAGUGUGUUAUCCUCCCCCUUCGGAGAAACUCAGACCGCUUUUGUUCUGGUUUGGUUAUCCCAUCGACUGUGCAAAGCUCGAAGCCUUCGUGCAAGAACAGAGGCAUCUCUACCCUGAUCUUUCUCAGGAUUACACUGGGAGCGAGGGGAUUGACCAUGCCUGGAAUCGCAUCUUCAUAAUCGGUGUCAUACGCAAGAUCUUCGGGGAGUCAACUCGACUGAUACCUGUGUAUGGCCGCAGGAAGGGCAAACCCAUCAUAGUCAUGUCUUUCUACUGCAAUUUUGACGCCCCGGAAAGAGUGGUACAUGAGAACGAGAAAGCGUUCGCCCUCAAGUUCACCAGUUUGGAAGGGGAGCCGAGGUGGUAUCUUGACUGGCGUCGCAACCCUUGUCCCUCAGAUCUCUAACGUUAAGGUGGAUGUUACCCUCGCCGACAGUUGAGCUUAUUUUUGCUUACGUUUCUAUACAGAAAUCAUGUUCAUGUAUCAAUUUUGCUGCGAAUGACUGU